AUGUGGGCCUCGGGUUGGGCUGCUGGAGGCAGGCCCACGACUGGAGAUGGGAGUGGCGUUGGGCCUGAGGAGGGAUCCGGCCCAAAUGGAGGAGCUGCUGGCUUGGAGAUGCAGCUGGCGCUGGGAGGCAACUUCGUACAGACGCUGGUGAUAUGCUACAUGUUGAAGCUGAUGGGAGCUGGUCUCGGCGUGGCCCUUGCUGAAGGGAAAGUGGACAGGUGGCGUGGGCCUGGGGAAUUUUUAGAGAUACUGUGGCCAGUAAUUUUUGUUGAUGAAACUUUAUUGAAAAAUAGACAUGGUGGUACCCUAUUUUUAGCAUCAAUGUUAGAUUCAAACAACAAUAUUUUCGUGUUGGCUUUUGGAAUAGCAGACUCUGAAAAUGAUAAUUCAUGGCUUUGGUUCUUCUCCAAACUGAGAGACACCUAUGGAGAACCCGAAGGAUUGGCUAUAGUUUCCGACAGACACAAGAGCAUAGACAAUGCUGUACAUAUUGUGUACCCAAAUGCUUUCCAUGGAGCUUGCAUGUUUCACUUGCUCAAUAAUUUGAAAAGCAAGUAUGGAAGUCAUGGAGAAGAGCUACAAAUGAAAUUCCUUAUAGCAGCAAAAGCAUACACAAAAACAGAAUGUGAACAGUACAUGAGAGGCCUUGAUAGACUUGACAGACGCAUUAGACCCUAUUUAGAGAAAGCCAAGUUUGAAACUUGGACAAGAUCAUACUCGCCAACAAAAAGAUACACCAUGAUGAUAUCCAACAUCGCAGAAUCACUCAACGCUACACUAAAAGCUGCAAGAAAUCUCCCCAUUGAUAUCUUGGUUGAAUGCCUUAGAAGUUUGGUUCAAAAGUGGGUUUGGAACAACUCAAAUAAUGCAAACGGAACAUUCACAAAAAUCUCUACAACAACAGAGAAUGAAUUGAGGCAUGACAUUGUUUCAAAAAUGAAGUUUCAAGAAGAUGAAAUGCCUUAUGGCCAUGCAGUAGUUGUCAUUGCAAAGAGAAACUUGAGUGUGUAUGAUUAUUGUGCAAUGUUCUACAGAACAGAAACAUUGAAAGCAUUGUAUCAAGAAAAUGUUCAUCCUUUGCCCCAUAAAGAUGAAUGGAAUCUCCCACAACACUUGGACAUAAUGGUGCUGCCUCCAAAGACAACAAUCCCAGCAGGAAGACCAAGAAAGAAAAGAAUAAGAUCAAGAGGGGAACCUAAAGUAAUAAUCACCUGUGGGAAAUGUGGGCAACCAGGACAUAACAGGAAGACUUGUAGGAAUCCUCCAAUUGAGAAGCCAAACAAACAAAAAAAGCCAAAGACACAGAUUCAUAUUUUACAGCAAAACAAACCUUUAAUAGCUUUAUUCAUUGAAAGAGUGACUUUCAUAUUCAUCAAGUAUUAUUCAGUAUUUUUAAUAAAAUUGUUUCAAAUUUAA